UGUCAAAGUGAUAAAUAUUCUCAAACAAUUAACAAAAAAUUAGUCAAACCUGAAAAAAGUCACUAAUUAGUAAUUUUAUGAUGUAUGGGACAAACUUAAACAAACUAACACACAUUUAGUCAAAAUCUCUAGAGAAUUUAUUACUUUGAUUUAUGGUAGAAGGUUGAAUAACCAUAUUGCAUUACUAUGGUAAGAAAAUUAAACAAAAGAUAAUAAUUAUGGUAAAAAAUUCAAAACAGAUAUACUAUAAAUAUAUAUCUGAAUAACUAAGUCAAGAUUCCAUAUGUAUCUUUUCAUCUAACAAUAUAUAAUUGGGAGUAAAGUGUGAGUUCAAUAAAGCAUUUUCUGUAAGCUAUUAAGGUACACAUGCAAAUUUUAUAAUAAACGUAAUCACUAAUUAUAAUAGUUCAUACUCAGAUUUUUAUACUGUAUCACCAUCAAUCAUAAAAUAUAUCUAUCUUUGUCAUAAUAUGCCUUGUUUUGAAAUUAUAUUUUAUUAAUUUACAUUAAAUAAUACAUAUUCCAAUUUUCAUAUUUUCUAAGUUCUCUAAAUAGUAAAAAGUGUAAUCAUAAAAAGCCUGCAAUUAUAUGUUUUUAGAACUGUGAUUUUCCAUUUCUAUCGUGUUAAUAAAUUUAAGAUCGCAUUUAUUCUUUUGUUUUUUUAUAUUAGCUCUCGCAAUUGUUUAAAAUAAUGAUAUAAGUUUUUUUUACUCUCUUGAAGUAUCAAUUUCUGAAUACAUCUGAAGUUUACAAAAGCAUUAACUAAUAAUUUUAAAAAAAAAAUUAUUGACUUCAAAUUAGUUAAUGCAAUUUUGGAUCUCUUUGAUUUUCCAGUUUACAUUUAAAAAAAGACAAUUUCCUGUUUAUUUUGAAUAAAUACUGGGAGUUCUAAAUCUUAAUUUUUUUAAUUAUAUUUAGUAAAAUUGUUUAGUCAGUUUUUUGCAACUAAGUGAUGUUACUCAAAGUAUUAUUUUGGAAUUUACAGGAAAUGAUGUCAAAAGAUAUGGCUAAAAUAAAUCGAGAUAUGCUAAUGCUAAGGGAUGAUGAGGCUCCUAAAGUUGGAGCUAGCUUGAGCCAAUCUAAACGAACGAAGAUUUCAAUUGUUGGCAUUAAACCCAACAUACCUGACCUGAAUGUGAAACCUUGUUAUGAUUCCGAUGAAGAAGAAAAAGGAGAAAUUACAAAAAUAUUUCAGAAUCUUGCAGGUUUAAAAUCUCAUGAUGGAUGUUAUGUUCAUCAUAAGCUUUUGUACAAGCUUGAGGUCGAGAUCUUUGCUCGUCUUCCAUGCUUCGAAUACUGGAAACUGCAGUUUCUUAACAAGAAACUUUUGCAGUUGUUAAAAAGUGGUGAAAUUUUCAGGGUGAGACAAGAAAAGAGACUUGUGAAACCCUACGUGAUUUUGCAUUCAGGGGUUGGAUCAAAUUGGGAAAUGUUUGAUAAGGAUUUUAAAACCUUUUGGAGACUUCCUAAAGUUCAUUCUUCUGACUAUUGCUUUUUCCACACCGAUAAGGAAACAAUAUGUGUGGGUACCCAUCUAAUUGUCAUUGGAAGAGCAAUAGAGGGAAUUGUGGUGUUUCGCUACGAGUUAGAGAAUCACAAGUGGUUCAAAGGUCCUUCAAUGAUCACACCGAGGGUCAUGUACGGUUCUGCUAGCCAUGGAAAAACCGCAUUCUUUGCAGGAGGCAUUCAAAAGGAUGACAAUGGGAACCCUAUUGUUGUGCGAACUGUAGAAAAGUAUAAUGCUGAUGCACAAAGUUGGACUAUAAUUAAUGGAAUGCAUAAAGCAAGGAAGUUCAGCUCAGGAUGUUUCUUGCGUGGAAAAUUUUAUGUCCUCGGUGGCCGAGAUGAGAAUGAUAAACACCUCACUUGUGGAGAAAGUUAUGAUGAGACCACAAAGUCUUGGGAGUUGAUACCUGACAUGUUAAAAGACAUGACGUUCCAUACGCCUUCCCAAUCUCCGCCUCUUAUAGCUGUGGUUGAUGACAAUCUAUACAUAUUGGAGACAUUUUUGAACGAGCUUCGCGUAUAUGAUAUAAACACAAAUAUUUGGAAGAAACUUGGUGUUGUCCCUGUGAGCGCAAACACUACCUUUGGAUGGGGGACUGCGUUUAAAUCGAUGGGAGAUAGACUUCUGGUUGUUGGAACUUCUCACUCUUGGCAUAUGAAAGCAGUAGUCUACUCAUGCCGUCCUUCUCCAGAGUGGAAGAGCAGCAUUGGGAAGAAUUAAAAUAUUAGUGCAGUGGUGCUGAGCUCUCACAGUUUAUUCAUAACUGCUGUGUGAUAUUUGCUUAAAGUUGUUUCCGAGGCAAACUUGUUUCGUAUUUAUGCUUUCAAUAAUUUUGUGGCUAUUUGGACGCCCGAAACA